UGGAUUGCUCGAGUUCAUCGAGUUCGUUGAGUUGGACUGCUUCAGCUUUUGCAAACCACGGCUUGUACCGCGUCCAUCUUGCUCACGGCGAAUACCGUGUCAGUCUUGGGAGCAGUGAGGCAUGAGCAGCAAACGGCCAUCUGAAGGCAGCCCCGAGGGCACGCCAGGCAAGCAAGCAAAGUCGGAGAAUGGCGACUUUUCUCGCUCAGUGCGCAAGAAGUUGACGACGACGUCUCGGACUGGUCAAGCUUGCGACCGAUGCAAGGUCCGAAAGAUACGAUGUGAUGCGCGUCCAGGAGGAUGCUCGCCAUGCAUGGCCAACAACCUCGAGUGCAAGACGACGGACCGCAUCACCGGGCGCGCCACGUCACGAGGCCAUACCGAACACAUAGAAGGAGAGAACAUGGCCCUCAAGCAGCACAUCAACGACUUGCGCCAGCAGCUGAUCGACUCGGGCCUGGAUCCUCGUCCGGCGCCCAUCAUGCCGCUCGACUUCAAUGGUGGUGGUGGUCAGCCCGCCUACGCCUGGCCUCAGCAGAUGUUUGACCUCUCGUCCAUCCUCGGUGCCGAAACCCAUCUCGACCUGUCCAAGCCUCGUGCCCGUAGCACCGCCGCCCUGCCCGACUAUCGCAACGCUUCUCUCGGCGACAACUACCUCGGCAUCUCGGGCGCAAACGAAUGGCUGUCUCCCAUCAAAGGCACGUCAGUCGCUCUCUUCGGCAUGGAGCUGGACCUCGUCGACUUUGUGACAAACGACAACGACGAAGCCUUUUCGCCCACCUCGUACGAGAACUUUCUCAGCAUCGCCUUCAAGUCGUCGCAGGAACGUCCACCUCCUCCGUCAUUCCCGUCGUACCGCGAGUGCAAGGCUCUCUGCGAGUGGUACUUCAUCUCGGUCAACUGUCAUGCGCCAAUUGUCCACAAGCCCGACGUUCUGGACAUGGUCGACCGUCUCAACUCGGACGAAGUCUAUCAGCCAGACAUCAGUGAGACUGUCCAACUACACAUGAUCAUCGCCAUGAUGUUGUUCCAGUCCUCGGUCAGGAACAGCCGUCCUACCCAAUGGGCCGACCACUACCGUUAUGCUGCCAGCUUCCUUCCCGAUCUGAUGGCCAAGCGUACCCUGCCUAACAUUCAGGCCAUCGCUCUGAUCUGUCUGCAUCUGAGGAACUUUACAAAGCCAGGUGCUGCCUGGUUCAUGUCCACCUUGACCCUCAACUUGUGCGCAGAGAUGGGUCUGCACAGAUCUGUCAGCGCUUGGGGCAAGUCGAGCCCCGAGUUCAGCGAGCAUGAAGUCGAGAUGCGCAAGCGUGUCUUCUGGAGUGUCUUGGUCAUUCACACGUCCAUUAGCAACAAGCUUGGUCGACCUUUGGCCAUGCGCCUCGAAGACUUUGACGUAGAGUUUCCCAAGGCUCUCGAUGACAACACUGGUACUGAGGCAACUUGUAUCGACGAAUGGCACAAGUGUUCGUACCGUGUCGCAUGCCACAACUUCAAGUGGGUGUUACUGGUCAUCCAGGUGCAGACUUCCAUCUACUCGGUCCGCGCUCCGCCUCAUUCGUACGAGCUCACCAUUCAGAAGCUCGAGCGCGAUCUUGAUUACUUCUUGAAGAGCAUUCCUAUCGAGCUCUCUGGUGGUCCCGAGACCGCUCAAGACGAUAGAGCUUGCUCAUUGUAUCUGCAAUUCGGUGCUCAGGAGCUGAAUUUGCUCGUCCACCACCCGGCCGUAUGCCGCACUCAAAACACCGAUGUCAACAACAAGAACCUGGAUGUAUGCUUGGACGCUAGUGCGAAGUUGCUGCAUAUUGCCCAGAGCAUGCGCGCGCUAAGAGCCCUCGACACCACCUGGCUCAAUGCGACCGUGUGGCUUUCUGCCAUGUUCGUCACACUUUUCGCAUACAACCAGCGCAAGGACCACAUCACAUCCUCUGAUCUUAACAACCUCAAGGAUACCAUGGAGCAGUGGUUAAGCAUCAUCGGUGAUAUUGGUCAGUUGAUGGGUAGUGGUGCUAAGCUGCAAAAUGCUGUUCGCCAUAUCGUCAACGCUUCUAUUGAUAACAUCCAUCGUCACCUUGCAGCUAAGACUGCAAGUGCUGCUGUCGCAUCUGCAAACAUUGCUCGCUCAUCACCAGCACUUAUCGAUGGUCAGCAGGAUGGUGUCAAUGGUUACAACGCUCCUGCAGGCUAUGCUCCAGCAUAUGUCCCUGCUGAUCCCAAUGGCGCACCUCCUACUGAUGCCUCUGCCGGCGCGUCAUACCUUGGUCCUGAUGACAAUGGUCUACAAGCACAACAACCAUACCAGACCAACGGCUUUGCAUACCCGGACCCAUCCGGUGGCUCCGCUCCCGCCUACCCUGCAUUCGUAGACAACAGCGCGUACACCAACGGCGACGACAUCAAGUCUGAGCUCACCGCGCAACUUGCCGCCCACAAUGCUGGUCACGCCCUUCACCAAACCACUCACAGCCACCCUCAAAACGUGCCUCAACAAAUGGCUCCUCACGACCAAACCACCCAAAACCUCUUCCAAGCCUUCACCUCUCCUUCCCCCAACACAUCCUACGCCUCACCCACCAACACCGCCACCACAACAGCCGUCAUGACACCCCAAAAUCCACCUCAGCAAAUGAUGAUGGGACCAGUUGCCUGGCGCCAUUUCACUCACGAUAUGCUCGGCAUUAUGGGAACUGGAUACCCUGGCUUCGACGUGCAGAAUGCUAAUGCGCUGUUGGCUUUGGGUCAGAAACCUCCUGGUGUUGACGCUAGUAGUGUUAUGCCUGGAGAUGGUAAUGGGAUUGUGCCACUGAUUGGAGAGGGACUUUGGCCGUUGACGACGUAUGGGCCUGUGAGCAGUAGUGCUGGGUAUUGACAAUGAUAGAUGACGAGUGAAAUUGCUCGUCUUUUGUCAUGAGCUUUAGGAGAGUGUGUUGAUGGGAUUUGUUUGCUAUGCGAAGGCGUUGAUGGAUGGGCUCGGCGUCGACGGAGGGGAGGGAGGUAAUGGGUUGCUUUUUACUUGUGCAGUUUCUAUUCUUGCGUCUCCUCAUUUCGCCGUUUUUCAAUUGCUUUUUUUUCGCUUUUGCUGAGCACAUGAUCAUAACCGGAAAAUGUCUCUCUACUUCAUCUCUCAUUCUCUCCUCUUGAUGUCACUUUUCGCACACGAUAUCG